AAAAACAUCAUCUUUUUCACACAAAUACUCUCUUUCUAUCUCUAUCCAUCUCUCUCCUCAUCUGUGUUUUUUCUAUCUCUGAAAUUUGCGAAUUUCCCCCCAUUUUCUCACUCCUACAUUCUCGAGCUUUCCAAAUUUGAAUUCAGCAAUGAAUGAUCUUUCGAUUAUGUCCAAAUUCGCCUGUUAACGACUGUUUUUUCUCACUAUUUAUUGAAAUGUUUGAAGCUGUAGAGACUUCCAUCAAUGGCGGAUUUCCUCACUUACAAAGUUACGGUGAUAGCAGUGAAGAAGAACUAUCUGUUCUUCCUCGUCAUACUAAGGUUGUUGUCACUGGUAACAACCGAACAAAAUCAGUCCUAGUUGGUUUACAAGGUGUUGUUAAAAAAGCUGUUGGUCUUGGCGGUUGGCAUUGGCUGGUUUUGACAAAUGGAAUUGAAGUAAAAUUACAAAGGAAUGCAUUGAGUGUGAUUGAAGCUCCAACUGGUAAUGAAGAAGAUGAUGAUCUUGAAUUCGACAAUAUACCAUGGAAUUGUUCAGCAUCUGAUGAUACUCAACAAAAGUCCUAUAGAUCAAGAAGACAUCGUUUGAAUAGAUGGUCAGGAUCAUCUCACAGGACAAUGAGCACUUCUUUCACCUAUGAAUCUCAAUCCAAGGGUUCGGUUUGCCCUACUCGUGGCUCUAAGAUUGACCUUAGUAAACUAGAGAUGACUGCGUUAUUGAGAUAUUGGCGUCACUUCAAUUUGGUUGAUGCUAUUCCUAAUCCAUCCAAGGAACAACUUGUUGAUGUUGUCCAGAGGCAUUUCAUGUCGCAGCAAAUUGAUGAAUUGCAAGUAAUAGUGGGAUUUGCGAAAGCUGCGAAGAGACUUAAGAAGGUCUGCAAAUAACUCGACUGUUUGGCUUGGUUUGGAGAGAGGCGAAAUGCAUGUUCUUUAUGUUGUAUGGGCUCUCUCUCGUUAUUAUUAACCCUAACCGAUAAUCUACCAUUUGUAAGAUAUAUGCAUCGUCCAUUUUCGUGUUUAGUUGGUUUGGCUCGGACUCUUUUUGCUGUGUUUUGGUAGUUUCUUAGUAACUUAAUCUUAUAUAUUAUAAUAGAGUGUGUGUGACUCGGGAACUUUGUGUAGAUGUAAUUAUUUAUGUAGAUAUUAAUGAAUGAAGUAAGCUAAUGUUUUGAAUCUAUUAGAAAUGUUAUA